UCACUCUGCAGCAUCAGUCGUUCAAGUAUCUCAGCCCAGUGCGGUUGUCUUCGGCAUUUUCUUCUUAGUGUCAAGACAUUUCAUUUGACCAGAGUGCGUGAAAUUGUGCCUUCUUGUGUGUGUUGAGUGAACACUCUUCGUUGGUCGUGUUUAAGUGUAAGGGCAAACAAUUUUUAGAAACAAAAUGGAUGCGACUAAAAUGUCACCAUCUGCCGUGACACGUGAGGAUGACAUUCACCAAUUGGCAAUCAGUGCCGGAAACCGAUUCCCAAAUGAACGGAGACCUUACGAACUGCCUCCUAUGGGCGCUGGAUCAGCGUAUCAGCUUUCUCCGUCAGCGGCGGCAGCAGCUCAUCAUAGUGCGUCAGCAGCAGCCAUGAUGGCCCAUCGUCAUUUAGCCGCCGCUGCCUCCGUCAAAAGCGAUCCAAACAUCAAGAUUGCAUUGGAAAAUGCCGAGCUGUGGCAACAGUUUCAUCAGAUCGGCACGGAGAUGAUCAUCACCAAAUUGGGAAGACGAAUGUUUCCAACAUUAAAAGUCAAUUUAAGCGGUUUGGACCCCAACACAAAAUACUUUGUACUCCUGGAUCUCGUCCUGGCCGACGAUUCUCGAUUCCGUUUCAACGCCGGGUGGCUGCGUUCCGGCAAAGCAGAACCUCAAUGGCCAUCAAGGAUUUACACCCAUCCCGACAGCCCAGCUACCGGAGCUCAAUGGAUGAAACACGAAGUCUCUUUCCAGAAAGUCAAGUUAACCAACAACACCAUGGAUCAGCAAGGCCAUUUGGUUCUCACAUCCAUGCACAAGUACGUGCCGCGAAUCCACGUCAUUGCCGCUUCCGAUUAUGCCAGCCUUCAUUGGGGAAUGCCCACCACGAUUAACACGGCGGCUUUCAACGUUUGCAGUUUCAUUGCCGUCACCGCCUACGCUAAUGAUCGAAUGACGCAAUUGAAAAUCGAUAACAACCCGUUUGCCAAGGGAUUUCGCGAGAACGGUCAACUCCGUGUGAAAAAGCGACAAUUACGAGACAGUUCACCUGAAAAUCGCAAAAAAUCUCGUCCGAGCAGCGCUUCCAGCUCACAUUCAUCAUUGAACAUCACCGACGACGAAUGUAAUCCACCGACGGCACCGGGAGUUCAUCAGGAUUCCGUAACACCACCACCUUCGUUGACGAUAUCAUCGCCAGUCAAAUGUUCGACCAAUUUCUCCAUUGCCCGACUAGUGGGAGAAACAACUAGCCCGGCACCCAUCGUUUUCAGGCCGGAAAUGCACCAACAUCAGCCAUCAUCGUUUCAUCAUCUUCAUCCGGCGAUGCAUCCGUGGAUGGCUGGUGGACAUCAACAUCCUCAUCAUCUCAAUCCAUACUCUUCGGUCUUUGCUCCAAGGCUGGCCGGCUGGUCCCACCACUUGCCUUUGAUUCCCAUGAUGCACUUUUCCUCCAUGUUCCAGCAUGGUCCUCAUCACCUGAUGAUGACGGGCCCCGGUUCGGCUGCCCUAACUGGAACCCCAAAUGCAAACAAAUUAUUUUAGUUUCCACGUUCUUCGUUGUUCUUCUUUUUUUUUCGUGUAUUCCCUCUAGUCAAAAGGGGUAUGCCGCAUCACGUGCCUUCGCUCCGCACUCCUUAUGUUGAUAUAACUGUAUUAUUUUCACGUUGAAUAAUCAAACACAAACAAAGUGUCACAAA